GCCGGGGCCAUCCUUGUCCUCCUCCUCGCCUGCCCUUUCCCCUUCCCACGGAUUCGCCUUCUGCUCUGCUCCGUCCGGCCUCUCCUCUCCCAAGCAGAGGUCGUCGGGAACUGCUGGUCUGCUGCUGCUGCUCCCCCGCCGUCUGCGGUCCGGCGGUCGCGGAGGAGGCAGCCUCACCCAGUCACCCGCCACCGUUGAGCGUUGACCGCCGCCGGGCCUUACUGCUCCACGACGACCGCUAGCUAGCUAGGGCUAGCCGACGUCACACCUCUCUGGCCGACGCAGCGGGGCCCUGCUCCUGGAAAUCGCCCGGCGGCCUCAGCUCCCCACAGCAGGCGGAAGAUUGAUUUUUUUAUCUGUUCAUUGGAACCCUGAACUUGUUUUCAGGUUUGUGAGAAAAAUAUGGAUGAGGGGGAGAUAGACCUUUCCAGCGAAAUGUUGUUUCCAAAUCCUGAGACACCUACGAGCAUCGAUGAUUUCUUGCGGAACACCACGACAACAUGCACCCACACCCAUACGUGCAACCCACCUGGCCCUUUGGCCUCAGCACACACUCAUACAUGCCACCACACUCACAGUCACAGCCAUGUCUUCAGCACAGAUGAUGAUAGCUGCGGCAGCGACAAAGUGGUCCCGAAGAAGACGCGCGAGCCAUUGGGCAACCGCGUCGCCGUCCGCAAGUACAGGCAGAAGAAGAAGGCUCACACGGCACAUUUGGAAGAGGAAGUGAGGAGGCUCCGUGCCAUUAACCAGCAGCUGGUGAAAAGGCUGCAAGGACAGGCCGCACUCAAGGCGGAGGUGGUACGGUUGAGGACUCUAUUGGUGGAUGUGCGAGCCAAGAUCGACGGUGCACUUGGUAGUUAUCCGUUCCAAACACAAUGUGGCGUCGGGGAUGCCCUGAGCUGCGAUAGAGUGGUGCAGUGCUUAGCGGGGAAGUCGGAGUUGGGCAUGAACAGCAAUUGUGGACCUGUUGCAUUGAAUUGCGAUAUAAGCCCGGAUUCAGGGCAGAACCUGGGGACGCCUUAUCAAGCGGGUUGCAUUGAAUUGCGAUAUCAGCCCGGAUUCAGGGCAGAACCUGGGGACGCCUUAUUAAGCGGUGGCGACGCUGUCAGAAGCUUGGAUUCUUCCACCAGCGCCUAGAAGAAUGUUGUACAUGUGUUCUCUUUUUGUUUGUAGUUUGUUGUACAGAAGAUAAGAUAGAUGGAAGUAUUACAGUGCCACGCAGUUUUGAUGGUAAAGAUUGAAGGAAAAGUGUUGUGGUGGUAUUAUAUAUGGAAGCUAUGCUUGUUUCGUUGUUUC